GUCGGCAUCACCGUCCUCAACCUGUGUGCUCUGAGUGUGGACAGGUACCGUGCGGUGGCGUCCUGGUCCCGGGUGCAGGGCAUCGGUGUUCCCACGGUAACGGCGAUGGAGAUCGUGGUGAUCUGGCUGCUGUCGAUCCUGCUGGCCGUGCCGGAGGCCAUCGGCUUCAACAUGGUGACCUUCGACUACAAGAACGUGACAUUCAGGACCUGCAUGCUGCAGGCGGAGACGCCCUUCAUGACUUUCUACCGGGAUGCAAAGGACUGGUGGCUGUUUGGGUUUUAUUUCUGCGUCCCUGUGGUCUGCUCUGCUGUUUUCUACGGACUGAUGACCUGCGAGAUGCUCAGACACCAGAAAGGAAGUCUGAGGAUCGCUCUGAGUGAACACCUGAAACAGCGUCGAGAAGUCGCCAAAGCCGUGUUCUCGCUGGUGUUGAUCUUCGCUCUGUGCUGGUUUCCUCUUCACCUGAGUCGCCUGCUGAAGAAGACCGUCUACAAAUCCCACGAUGCACACCGCUGCGAGCUGUUAAA